UAAAUGGAACUAGGGGCACAAAAACCAGUGGUACAUAUUGUUUCAAGCACCAUGUGGAUCAGAAGGUUCUUUCAAUAUGUUCUUGUGAUUAAACAUCAAUACAGCAAAACAAUGGUCGGCGAUUUCGUGUAAGAAUAACUGGAGGGAAGAUACCUAUUAGUUUAAGAGAAAGAAUGCAAAUGGCAAUUUCCUUAAGAGGAGCAAUCGCUGAUUCUUCUACUUUGAGGUUAUCUUGGUCAUCAACCACUUGUUCUUCAUCUUCUUUGCAUUUUACCCAGAAUUUCAUACCCAGUUCUUCGUCAUUGUUGAUACUCCCUUUGACUACAAGUAAACUAGCAACUUCAAGCAGAAACAAGAUCACUUGCUCUGCUGUUCAAGAAUCUUCCACUAGUACAACAGCAACUGCUGAAACAAAAGAGGAGGUAAAUGCAGCUCCGAAAGCAGCACCUGCAAAGAAGCCUCCUGCUAAAGCGCCAGUCAAACCUCUGCCUCAGAUGAUGGAGGAGGAUGUGAUACCUUCAUUGAAAGCAAUACUUGAAGCCCAACAAGACAUCUCUGACAUUGAGCUGGUCUUUCAGGACAAUAAGUUGGAAGGAUCCUUUUUGAAACAAGGCAAUCCCCAUUCAUUUUGGGCUUUCUUUCCUGAUGGAGCGCUUACUGGUCCAAAAGGGUUUUCUCUAUCAUCAUAUAACUCACAAGCAAGCACUGUUGAGCCAUUCCUUGUUGAUGAAAAGAAAAUUACAGCAAAACAUGUCAUUUUUUGGGUUGAGAAACGCUUGGCUGCACAAGGGAUUAUUCCUGUGUGGGGAGAUUAAUCUCUUAAACAUGAGUUUUCUUUCUGAAGUUCAAGUGAUAAUUAAUGUGGCAUACAAUUCAACCUUCUCUCGUCUCUUGGUUCGAAUGACUAUAGUGCUAUUUUGACCCUUGUGGUUUGUAAAUGUCUUCAUGAUAGAGCAUUCUAUUGAUCAAUGAAAAUGCCUUUUCAAAA